AAAAAAAAGAGAAAGACAAGUAUAACAGUAACCUUGGAGGAAGAGACGAGGAGACACGAAAAUUUGAAGAGUAAAAAGUGCGACUUGAAAAGUGAUAAUUGUGAACGACUGAUUUAAACCUUUGUCUUUAAUUUUUGUUAGGAGAUCGCAAUAAUAAUGUCGCUGUGGCGUCUAUCGCCAUCAGCUAAAUUAGUCGAGUCCUUGACGAGAUUGUCACGCAGUACUCCGUAUGUGGCAUAUCACGCAAAUGUGUUGGAUCAUUAUGAAAAUCCAAGGAACGUGGGAGCACUGGACAAAAAUGACAAGCAAGUGGGAACUGGACUUGUUGGAGCACCGGCAUGUGGUGAUGUUAUGAAAUUGCAGAUCAAAGUUGAUGAGAAUGGAAAAAUUAUUGACGCCAAGUUCAAGACGUUUGGAUGUGGUUCAGCAAUUGCAUCUAGCUCACUAGCUACGGAAUGGGUGAAAGGGAAAACUGUUGAUGAAGCCCUGAAAUUAAAGAACACGGAUAUUGCGAAGGAACUUUGCCUCCCACCUGUCAAGCUACACUGUUCGAUGCUUGCCGAGGAUGCGAUAAAAGCAGCGCUUUCGGACUACCGAAUAAAGCAGCAGGACAAGAAAGAUGUAAAAUAAGUCCAGAAACCUUAAUCUAGUAAGAAAAUCACGUUACAAGUUUGGAGAGUCAUAUAUUCCAGAAAUUGUAGAAUAUGUACACGCCACAAUUUUAUUCUGUAUAAAGGCGAUUAAACCGUAUAAUAAAAAACACUAGAGGUAGGCGAAA